AUGACCAGCUUACUCUUUAAAGCUGCCAGGCCAGCCUUGCGAGCCCAAGUACUGAAUAACCACCGGCUACUCUCGACCAGUCCAAUCCAAAGCCAAGCACAGACACUGCUCCAAGACAAAGAGAACGGAUUUGGAUUCAUUCGGCACAAUCCACGCACUCCCAAACCUCGAAACAAGGGAGUGACGGAGAUUCGUGGUCCAUACUACUCAGCUUAUGGCAAGCGUCACCUGCAAGAUGUACUGGAAACGAUGGGAUACCACGUUGAUGGACUGAAGUUUGCUGGCGGGAGUUUCUCCGUGAUGCCUGAGGCGGUGGUACGAGAACUGGUCGACCUGGCGCAUCAGCAUGAUGUGUAUGUGAGCACAGGAGGAUGGAUGGAACAUGUCCUGACUCAACCCGACUCCAAUACGGUGGUGGACAAGUAUUUGCAAAAAUGCAAAGAUAUGGGGUUCGACGUGAUUGAGCUAUCGUCUGGCUUCUUGUCUUUCCCGCCCGAUGACUGGCUCCGACUGGUGGACAAGGUACACAGCAUGGGAAUGAAAGCCAAACCCGAACUGGGGAUUCAGUUUGGCGCGGGAGGCGACACGGCCGCCGAAGACCUUGAAGCGACGGGGACAUCAGACCCAGGCAAAGUGAUCAAUCUCGGCAAGAAAUUCAUCGAUGCUGGAGUGGAAAGAAUGAUGAUUGAGAGUGAGGGAAUUACAGAAAAUGUUAAGAGUUGGCGAACAGAUGUGAUCCAGGCGAUUCUGCGAGACUUGCCUCAGGAGAAGGUCAUGUUUGAGGCGGCAGAUCCGCCUGUUUUCAACUGGUAUGUCCGAGAAUUCGGAAUCGAUGUCAAUCUGUUCGUGGACCACUCGCAGAUUGUGCAAUUGACCUGUCUCCGAAGCGGGAUCUGGGGCAUGGCGGAUACGUUUGGCAAGAUUGUGAGUUAUCGAGAAUGA